GAUACAGCAGAAGAGCAGAACGUCCUGGAGAAAAUUCCUGUUUGCGCUAAGGAUCCUCGGAAAAAUAAACCUGGGUGGGUUGUCUGAGGAAACUUUAGCGGAUUCUUGAGGCGGGUUGAAUCCUGGAACUUGAGAAAAUCUUGCAACAUACGUCGUGCAUCAGAGCAUCGAGUUUUUGUUUUUAACAGCGUUCCAGCCUAGACUGAGGGGAUGAGGUCUUGUCUUCUGCUUUGUGUCCUGUGCCUGAUGGUUGCUAAAGGCCUUUCCACGUCACCAUGUGUGUGUAAUGAUGGACCUCCAGGAUCACCUGGACCUAGUGGACCACCUGGAGCAAAUGGAGUGCCUGGAGUCGAUGGAAAUCCUGGAAAGGAUGGAUGGCCUGGAAUACCUGGAGCCCCUGGAGUGCCUGGACCACCUGGACCAGUUAUAAUGUGUGGUAGAGAUGUCUUUGGAGCUAUUGCACAGGAUGUUGACACACUGAUGAAGACCACAGCUAAGUUAGAACUGGCUGCAAAUUUUGACUUUACACGGAAGGUUGGGCAGAAAUACUUUGUGUCCAACAAACUCAGAGGCUCCUUCCAGGAGGCCGUCGAGUUCUGCUCUCAACAAGGUUUAGAGCUGGCUUUACCCCACAAGGACCAGGAGAACCGCAUCCUGACUCAGCUGUUUGGUGAUGUGGAUAACGUAGCCUGGAUCAACGUCAACAAUAGGGCAGUGGCAAACUUUCAAUCUGACAUGAAAAGCCAGCGUCUCACCUUCACCAACUGGGAAGGAGGACAACCAGAUGAAUCCAUCCAGGAUACUGGCUGCACCACACUGCGAGACAAUGGCUACUGGCGAGUGACGCGCGACUGCUCCCUGAACGCUUACAUCAUCUGUCAAAUAUAGAUCCCCAUGGAGUAACGUUAAGGACACAAAUCUUACU